AAGGGGGAGUCUCCUAGACAUUACCUCAUUCCCUGGCCUCGCUCUCGCCAAUCCCAGCCUCUCCAGGGGUGUGGCAGAGGACCAUUCUCGCGACUUUUGCUUUACCCUUCUGCUGUGCUACUUCUGUCGCGAGACUUCCUGCGCCUCUGCCGCUCCCUUUACCGUCGCCUUAGCCGGGGACCGGACCCAGCCUCUCCCCUACCCGAUCACAGGCCCCGGCUCCACCAAGGCCCCGGUUCCCCAGCCCCGUCUCGCCGCCGCCAUGGCGGACCCUAAAUACGCCGACCUUCCCGGCAUUGCCAGGAACGAGCCAGAUGUUUAUGAAACCAGCGACCUACCUGAGGAUGAUCAAGCAGAGUUUGAUGCGUUUGCACAAGAGCUGGAGGAGCUGACCAGCACAAGUGUGGAGCACAUCAUUGUCAAUCCCAAUGCUGCCUAUGACAAGUUCAAGGACAAGAGAGUGGGGACAAAGGGACUUGAUUUCUCAGAUCGCAUUGGAAAAACCAAGAGGACAGGAUAUGAAUCUGGAGAAUAUGAGAUGCUUGCAGAGGGUCUGGGAGUGAAGGAGACGCCACAGCAGAAGUACCAGCGACUACUGCAUGAAGUUCAAGAGCUGACAACUGAAGUUGAGAAAAUCAAGACCACAGUGAAGGAGUCAGCCACGGAGGAGAAGCUGACCCCUAUAGUGCUAGCUAAACAGCUGGUGGCCCUGAAGCAGCAGCUGGUUGCGUCCCAUCUGGAGAAGCUGCUGGGACCAGAUGCUGCAAUCAACCUCACUGACCCGGAUGGAGCUCUGGCAAAGCGCUUACUGCUGCAGCUGGAAGCAACAAAGAACAGCAAAGGGAGUUCAGGUGGAAAGACCACAAGUGGGACCCCUCCAGAUAGCAGCCUUGUCACUUAUGAACUACACUCUCGGCCUGAGCAAGACAGAUUCUCUCAAGCUGCCAAAGUUGCAGAACUUGAGAAGCGCCUGACAGAGCUGGAGGCCACUGUCCGCUGUGAUCAGGAUGCUCAGAAUCCCCUUUCUGCAGGUCUACAGGGAGCUUGUCUUAUGGAGACUGUAGAGUUGUUGCAGGCUAAGGUAAAUGCCCUGGAUCUUGCAGUUUUGGACCAAGUAGAGGCUCGGCUACAGAGUGUCCUGGGAAAGGUGAAUGAGAUUGCCAAGCAUAAAGCCUCUGUGGAGGAUGCAGACACACAGAGCAAGGUGCACCAGCUAUAUGAAACCAUACAGCGCUGGAGCCCCAUUGCCUCUGCCCUUCCUGAGCUGGUGCAGAGACUUGUCACCAUCAAGCAGCUGCAUGAACAAGCCAUGCAGUUUGGUCAGCUCCUGACACACUUGGAUACUACACAGCAGAUGAUUACCAGUUCCCUCAAGGACAAUACUGCUCUCCUGACCCAGGUACAGACAACUAUGCGUGAAAACCUGGCCACAGUUGAGGGAAAUUUCGCCAGCAUUGAUGAGCGGAUGAAGAAGCUGGGAAAGUGAGCACUCUCAGGAGUUGGAGAACAGGGGUAACCCUUGCCCCUCUGAACUCUGAAAAGCUUACACAGGGCCGACCCUUCAUUGUAACUCUCACAGCCCCAUCCCACUUGACAAAGGGCAAGGGUUCUUCUUGCAUGUGGGGUUUAUGCCCCUCCCCUGAUGAACACAGAGUGGUAGCUGGGGGAUAUUAGAUGUGUUCCCACCUCAGGCCCAGGGGAUGAGGAUGUGGGCCCGGCCACAUGCCAGCUCAUGUCUAAUAACUGCUUUGCCUGGUGUCGGGUAGGUCUGGGUCCUGUCCUCCCAACACAGCUUCUGUGGAUGACUGUAAUACUGUACAACUGUUUCUGAACAUUAAACACUGUUGUACUCUG